UGUAUGUUUUUGAUUGUAUGUGAAGGAGGCAUCUAGUUUCUUUUUGUGCAUAGUGCUGUGAUUGCUGGUUUUCUUUGUUGUAUCAUAUGGUAGUGUGAGAUUUGAUGCAAAGAAACAAAAUGAUGCUCUGCAGUUACUGCAUUGUUUUUGCACUGCUGUGUAUUACAGUAGGAAAUACCCAAACAGACACAACCACAGCUGCUCUGCCUCCUACCAGCUCCUUAUCUGCAACUACCACAGCUGCUGCACUGCCUCCUACCAGCUCCUCUACUCCCAUGACUACCACAGCUGCUGCAGUGCCUCCUACCAGCUCCUCUACUGCCACAGCUACUAACACUACCACAGCUGCUGCACUGCCUCCUACCAGCUCCUCAUCCACUACCACAGCUCCUGCACUGCCUCCUACCAGCUCCUCUACUGCCAUGACUACCACAGCUGCUGCACUGCCUCCUACCAGCUCCUCUACUCCCAUGACUACCACAGCUGCUGCAGUGCCUCCUACCAGCUCCUCUACUGCCACAGCUACUAACACUACCACAGCUCCUGCACUGCCUCCUACCAGCUCCUCUACUGCCAUGACUACCACAGCUGCUGCACUGCCUGCUACCAGCUCCACGACUACCACAGCUGCUGCACUGCCUCCUACCAGCUCCUCUACUACCACAGCUGCUACACUGCCUCCUACCAGCUCUACUACUACUACCACAGCUGCUGCACUGCCUCCUACCAGCUCCUCUACUACUGCCACGACCACCACAGCUGCUGCACUGCCUCCUACCAGCUCUACUACUACUACCACAGCUGCUGCACUGCCUCCUACCAGCUCCUCUACUGCCACGACUACCACAGCUGCUGCACUGCCUCCUACCAGCUCCUCUACUACUACCACAGCUGCUGCACUGCCUCCUACCAGCACCUCUACUACUACCACAGCUGCUGCACUGCCUCCUACCAGCACCUCUACUACUACCACAGCUGCUGCACUGCCUCCUACCAGCACCUCUACUACUACCACAGCUGCUGCACUGCCUCCUACCAGUUCUACUGCCAUAAGUAAAAUGGGAAGAAAACUGUCUAGACUACUGCCAUUUGGAACUGUUCUUGUGGCCACCUACAGAACUGCUAAUACCACGUCUGCAACUACAGCUGCUGCACAACAAACAAUCUGCUCUACAACAGCUGCAGCCACCACCAAAGCUGACAAGUUUAAUGAAACUACCACAGCUGUACUGCCUACUGCCAGCUCUACUGCUAAGACUACCAUUGCUGCACUACCUACUACCAGCCCUAUGGCUACUACUACCACUGCAGCACUGUCUACUACCAGUUAUGGAACUGCCACAAGUAGAAUGGUGAGAUCUGGUCCAGUGAUGAGUGGUGCAAGUGGUUCUACAGGUCCGGCGAUGACUGAAAACACAUCUACAAGCAUGCCAGUUCGACUUGUGAAUGGAUCAACAAACUGCACAGGCCGUGUGGAGAUCUUUUACAACUUUCAGUGGGGCACUGUGUGUGAUGACUUCUGGGAUAUAAAUGAUGCCCAUGUGGUUUGCAGAGAAGUUGGCUGUGGCACUGCAUUAUUAGCAGUGGUGGAUGCUUACUUUGGUCAAGGUACAGAUGACAUUCAUCUGUUUGGGGUCCAGUGUGUAGGGACUGAGAAGAACCUGUGUGACUGUCCUGCUUCACUGCAUAUUAAUACCUGCUUUCAUUCUGAAGAUGCUGGUGUGAUAUGCCAAGAUGUUUGAACUAAGGAAUAAAACUAUUUCACUCACGG